GCGCGGCGCGCGGCGUGCGGCGGCGGCGGUGGCGCGGCCGCGGCGGCCGUCGGGCGGCAGUCAGUCGCGCCGCGCGCACCCAGCCCCACGCUCCGGGCGCGCUCCGAGUGUCACGCCGCGCCCGCCCUUAUCAAAACAUUCCCGCAUUGGGAUCGAUCCGCAUGUCUUUACGCGCCUCGUACUGAUAACGACUCCUCACGACGGCGUGACACUGUCACUCGAGUGCCACUGGAUACUCUCCUAAAUACUUGCGUGUUUGUGUUUCACAUGUGAUUUGCCUUCAGAUUUUUUAAUUCGACACUUCAGGAUAAUUACUGAAUUUCAAGUUUUAUAUUCAAGGACCAAUUGAAGCGUCGCGUUGCCUGCGCCCGCGCUGCCUGCUUCGUUGUCUCCCCAUGUGCACUGGUAUGAGAGCAGAGGGCGCGUGCGGAGUGGCGCGAUGGUUGCGUGAUCGGUCAUCAUGCGCCUCUUCCGCGGGCCGAAGCGCAGGGAAGUGACCGGGCCGCGUGCCGUCGCGACGCCGUCUCCGCGCCGAGACGCCGCCGCCGCAGACAUCGCCGAUACUGGGCCGCACGUCUCUCACGACUUCACGCUCGUAACCGCACUGCCAGCCAUGGUUAUGGAGGAUGAUGUCAAGGAAAUGAAGAAAGUGUUUGCUACGUGGGGUCGCCGAAUGGGUAAAAAACUUGAAAUGUUAAAGAAAACCGAUAGUAAAGACAUAUCGGAGGAAACAAAAUCCAACGAUGAUAUUAUCAAAGAAGACUGCACUAAUGUUUCCACCGGGCAGUAUAAAAAGAAGCAACAUUGGAAAAUGGGACGAAGUAGUUCUGAUUCCACAUCGUUAAAAAAAGACAAUGAUACUGACUCUAUCAGAAGUGGUUCACGAGACAGGUCGCCCAGUCCAUUCAAAUCAUUUUUCCACAGGAUGGGUUCUACAGGAAUGUUAAAUUCAGCUAAAUCUCAGUCACUGAAUAUGCAUAAAACUCCUGAAAACUAUCCUGUGGCUAAUGGACCAUCGUUAUAUCGAAGUUGUUCUACUUCUCAUCUUUCCACUUAUGUAAAAGCUGAUGACCCAUCAGAUGACAUCGAUUUACAAAAUGCUGAUAAUGAGAGUAAAACUUCGCCUAAGAAACACAAUGUUUUGUCCGAAGACACUUUGGUCACGUCAUCAGCCAAAGCAGUUAGCUGUGACAAUAUAACCAAUCUUAAUGACGGGCAAAAUAAUAAUGGAGCUUCUAAAAAACCAAAUUUUCCUUAUGCGUUUUUAAGAUCAAAAUUGUCAGUAUUGCCAGAAGAAAACAGUAUGGCUUCUCAGCAAAGAACCAGUGUUCUGAGACAAAGUUUAUCUGAAAGAAUUGAUAGAAAAUCACCGAAAUUUCGAAAAGAUAAAAUGUGUUUUACGAAUUCUCGAUCAGAGGAAAGAUAUCAGAGUAGUGACAGUAUAUCUAUUCAUGACGAAAAUAUUCUAUUUAAUAAUGCUUUAAGAAAAGAUUACGACUUCUCACGAAGUUCCAUGAGAAGUAUAAAUGAAAUAGAUGACAGUAUGUAUCAGAUUGGACGCAUGGAUGACGUACCUCGAAGAUCUUCAAUGAUUUCGCACAGAACGCCUUUGGAUUAUGAUCCUAUGCUUAUUCCACGGAACAGAAAUAGUUUACCAGUGUACGAAUAUAGUUCUGUGCUAGGAUCGCUGCGAGACAUUAAAACGGAAAUAACUUCGUCUUCGCAAAGCAUUCACCAUGCGCCAGAACAAGCAGAAGUGCAAACCCAUCGUCUUAGUAAUUAUGUUAGUUCCAAUGAGUCUGGAUAUGAUAGUGAUGGUCGACCCACCGAUGACCACAGUAACCAUUCUCCGCCAGGAUAUUCUUCACAUUUUCAUAAUGGUUCCGGUCGCAAGGAAUCAAUGGAUAUGAAUUACGAAGGGAAUCAUGGAAACUUUUCAAGACAGUUUAGUUUAAAUCACAAAAUAAAUUUUGGUCGAGUGCAAGUUCCAAUCAGACGAAGUUCUACCCCGUGUGCAUUAUUUCCUGUAGAGAAAAGUAAUUCUUACGAUUAUGGAAAUGAAAAUAAGGAUAACAUCCAUAAAUUUCCUAGUGAUAGUAUAAAGAAUAAUAUGUUUGAACAUAUAGAUUCAAAACCACCGCCGCUUCCAAAGAAAACUAUAAAGAAACAACCAUAUGUCUAUAAAACGAUAACAUUAGACGAAAGAGUGCAGACGAGAAAAAUAAAGUUUUUACACUCUCAGUUGAUCCCUAUUGAACAAUCAUCAAAUCAAGACAUUAUGGUAGAGCAUCCUACACCAAUGCACCAUGUUUCCGAAACAGAUAUUUUAGGUAGAGGGCCUUGCACUAAAAGGUUUAGAAAAAUAAGACUAUUAAAAUCGAGGCUAGACGAGAGUCUUGGUGUUUAUUUAGCACAACACAGGGUAGAUUUUGAUAGCAGCGGGUCAAAUUUUGAAAUUCGAUACAUUAUUGUCAAGUUAGACUUUGACGGUAUAGCUCAUAGAGAUGGAAGGCUACGAAUAGGGGAUGAAAUAGUCAAUGUUAAUGGCAGAGUACUGCGAGGUCUAUCAUCGCUUAAAGAAGUGCAGCAUAUAGUUAAUUCUUGUUCAACUGAAGCUACGAUUGAAGACGGGGCAUUAUUUCAAAGGUAUCAAGUAGAUCUCGUAAUGGCCCACGAUGAAAUAACCCCUAUAACAUUAAGUAGGAUUAUAAAUAAUCAGCCAUUAGAACAAAAUACUGUCACUCUCCCGACAUCCAACGUACCCCCGGACAUUAUAUCGCAGACUGUUCAGAAACCUUUGCCCUCAAAGCAAAUAACGAUCGAAACACAUUUUCCAGCUGAAAAUCAAUUCUAUCACAACAAUAUUAGCAAUAGAACCAAAGAACGAUCAACCGAACAGGUAAAUUGUGAUUCCAAUUCAAGAACAGAUCAUCAAAGAAAAUGUGAAGUUGGCAUCCAAGUGAAUAAUGGUCCAAUACUCUCAAACCAGAAGAGUGACGACGAAAAGUUGCUAGAACGGCACUGCUACUCCCAGUCAGCUUCAUUGCAAAACAUUACGAAUAUUGAAAUUUCACUAAGGGCGUCACCAACACCUAGGUCUAACCAAGGCAACAACUACAGACCGAUAUCGUUUCAUACUUCUAGACCUCCGUCAACAGGACCUUACUCCGUCUACGGGGACAAUGCAACUAACGAAAUCAAAGAAAAUAACUUUUCACAUUACAUAAAACACGUACCGAGACUGUACCAGAACAGAUCAUUUGAAAGCAUUCCUGAACAAUUAAGAAAUAGUAGUCGAAGUAGAUUUUUCAGCAGAGUUGGAUCUCAGCGAUGUUCUCCCAGCCCGAGUCCGCAUGUAUCGAGGCUCCAAGAACAUUCAGCGGCCUUGCAUCAAGAUAACCACCAACAUGGAGGACACUACGCGCACAGUUCCUUACACAAAGUGGAAUUUUGGAAAGGGCAGGGUCAUAAAAGCCUUGGUUUCAGUAUUGUUGGUGGAACAGAUUCGCCAAAAGGCCAAAUGGGUAUUUUCGUUAAAACUGUAUUUCCAAAUGGACAAGCGGCUGACAAGGGUACCAUUUUUGAAGGUGAUGAGAUAUUAUCUGUAAACAAUGUGCCGACGCGUGGAUUAAGUCAUGCUGGGGCUAUAUCUCUCUUCAAACAAGUUAAAGAAGGAAAAAUAGAACUGACGCUUUCAAGAAGAAGAGCACCUAGGUCGAGAUCUGUGGAACCUCUCGGCAAUUUCCGCGGCGACGUGAAACGGGAAUAAUACCUACAUAGUUGUAUCCAAAGAGACAAUGGUGUUAUCGAGUGCAAUAAUAUUACACGUUAUUCAUUAUAGCCAAAGGCAACUUCAGGGACUUUGUUUCACGGAUGCUUCGUUCAUUUCAAGCGUCUCCGGUAUUAAAUAAUAAUUAUUAUCUAUCUUUUAAAAGUUGUUUAUUGUGUAACGAAUAUAAGUAGGCUGAUAUUGUAUCACCUUUAUAAAUAUUCUUAUGAAUAAUGAUGGUGAAAUGGGGCUACUCGAAAAUUGCUUGAUUAUUCAAUUGAACAACGGCUUAGUACACAAAUGGUGAUGUUGUUUGUAUUGUACAAAAGUAAAAUUGAUGUAUUUAAAUACAAAUGUGAAUGUAAUUCAAUAAUCAGCUGGCCACUCUUGUAAUAUUAGCCCCAUUAAAUGCCACUUUACAUCUAAUAUUUACGCUAAAUUUUCUUAGCUUUGUAAAAUAAGACUGUAUGUAUAGCUGUAGCUACUGUUAUAUUUUCGUUGUAGUCUGUUAUAUGAUAGGUAUUGUUAAAGUAUGUUAGGAAUGCUAGAUCUCGUUAUUUACUGUAACUUGUAUAUACUAGUAGUCAUAGAACAUUUUGUUACGAUGUUAUCUAUCAGUGAAGACUAGACUUCCUUAACACCACAUGAGAAUUAGAAAGGCAAUCAGACUGAUAUUUAAAUAAUGAUGUGUGUACCUAUAUUACUGCCAAAGCUUUAGAGUUAACGAGGAAACAUCGAACAGAUUUCUCUAAACUAAGAUAAUACGAUGCGCGACGCCGACACGCGCCGUUCCCUCUCGGACGACUGACCAUCCUUGACGAAAACAACGAUUAAAUUGAUUUAUAUCAGGCGAUAUCGUAGAACAAUUCCCACUGCCGACUUACUACAUGUGAUGAUGUUAUAUAAAAUAUUCAGCGAAUUGACUCCGUCCAUUAUAAUGUCCAUGAAUACGGCCUAAUAUAUCUGAAUGGCAUCAAGUUUUCAUUUUAAAUCACUAAAAAUUAAACACGAAAUAGGUAUGAUAGCCUUUAGAGUUCGAGCAGCAUCUAUUAUGUAAUCCAUCCAUAAAGUCAUCCACAGUAUUGUGUGUUACAUUUAAUGUAAAUAAAUUGCAAUACCUCAAUGCUUUUGAAAUUAUACACGAAUAUCAUAA